AUGAGUCUGUACGGCUCUCAGAAAGCUCUCAGCAUGAAUCGAAGGGUCAGCUCCAAAGGUGAACUCAGCGGCGGGGGGACCUACUACGCCCGCAGUGAGGUGCCAGUCGGGGGCAGUGGCUAUGACCCGUACAUGGAGGGCUACAACUCCUACAGCUACAGCUCCAAGGCCUCCAUGGGGGGCGGCAUCAGUCCCAGCAGUCUCAAUGCCAUCCACCAAAAAGCCAUGAUCCUCCAGGGCAACUGCCAAGAAUACCUGAAGAAAGCUGAAUACGCCCUUCAAACUGGUAACUCUGGAGAUGCCGAGGGUUUAAUGGGAAUGGCCAAAGAGACAAUCGAGCAGCUGAAGAACUGUGCUUUGGACCUGAGGCAGAUGGGUCAGCCCAACGAUAACGUCGUGAGAACUGUGGAGAUCUGUAAGGAUCAGCUGAAGGGGGUCCACAUCGCUCUGACCGGAUCCAUGCGCAGACGGAAGAGCAACAGGGCUCCCAGCACCUCUGGAGCAGCGGCAAUGGGAGGAGCGUGGGACGAGCCGCCGCGGAGCUACCAGGAUGCUAUGGCCUGGAUCGCACAGCACAAGCGUCUAAUUGAAACUGCUUCUUGGGGAGAUGACCCGACAACCAUCGAACAGCAGCUAAUCAGCCACCAAAAGUUUCACAGCUCCAUCCAGAGAAGCCAAGAGGUGGACAAGGCCAGAGACGAACUCAUGAAAAAGGGCGACCGAGCUUUCCUUCAUGCACUUGAACAAGAGUGGGACAGUCUGCAGCAAAUGUCUUUUACGCGGGUCCAGCAGUUGAGAGACCUGCUGCAGAUCAUCCAGGACAUUUCCAAAGAGAUCAUGUGGGUGAACGACAGAGAAGAAGAGGAGCUGAUUUUUGACUGGGGAGACAGAAACAUUGACCAGUACAUCCCCAAGAAACAAGAGAGCUACUCGAAACUGAUGAGUGCACUUGAGGAGAAGGAGAAGGAGCUGAAUAAACUUAAAACAAAAGGCGACACCCUUCUUAAAAACAAUCAUCCAGCGUCUGACAAGAUUCAGGCUUACAGAGACACACUACAAACUCAGUGGAGUUGGCUUCUUCAAAUUACUAAGUGUAUUGACUUUCACUUGAAAGAAAAUGGAACAUAUAACCAGUUCUUUAAAGAAGCCAAUGAGACGUAUACAUCUCUGCAAAAGGAGCAUGAGACGGUGCGAAAGAAGUUUACCUGCGACAAAGAUACCCCUUUGGAGAAUCUGCUAGAUCUUCUGAAAGGCCUGGAGAGGGAACGAGAAAAAAUCAAGGACCAUAAAAGGCAAGUCCAGCAUUUGGUGAUCAAGUCAAAGAGCAUCGUGAGACUGAAACCCCGAAGUCCAGAGGAGCCAAAAAGCAGCAACCCCGUCAUUGUGAAAGCCCUUUGUGACUUUAAACAGGACCAGAAGGUGAUCUUGAAGGACAAUGAGGCCAUUCUAAAAGACAACAGUCAGCGCAGUAAAUGGCAGGUGACAGGACCUGGAGGACUGGACAUGAUGGUGCCAUCUGUGUGCCUCAUCAUCCCACCACCCAACCCCAUCAGCAUCAGCCUCGCCAAUAAGAAUGAACAGUACUAUGAAGCCAUCUUAUCCGUCUGGAAUCAACUGUACAUCAAUGUCAAAAGCCUUGUCGCUUGGCAGUACUGUCUACUGGAUAUACAACAAAUCAACUCACUUACCAUAACCAUGCUGGCAAAGAUGCGUCCUGAGGAGUACCGGAAGAUCAUCAAGAGCCUGGAGACUCACUAUGAGGAGUUCAAAGUCAGCUCUCAGGGCUCGCAGCUGUUUGCAGACGAAGACAAGAGAAGCAUCGAAGCACAGUUCAAUGUUGCCCAGGCCCAUUAUGACAAACUGGUGGUGGAGCUGCCGACAUAUGUUGCACAAGAGCAAUCAGAGGUGUACCAGGUGGUUGAACAGCAGCAACAGCCACAACAACUACACCAGCUAACAAUGCAAGCACAGCCACAACAUAUUUUCAUUAUCCAGCAGCAGCAAACACAAGACGAAGCUUACAGACUGGAGCAAAUACAAAGACAUGAAGAGGCUCAAAGACUGGAGGAAGCCCAUCAGAUGGAAGAGGCUCGAAGGUUGGAAGAGGCUCGAAGGUUGGAAGAGGCUCGAAGGUUGGAAGAGGCCCGGAGGUUAGAGGAGGCUUGGAGGUUGGAGGAGGCUCGGAGACUGGAAGAGGCACGUAGAGCGGAAGAGGAAGCACGACGUCUUAAAGAAGAGGAGAGACGCAGAGCUGAGCUGAGGAAACUCUCAGAGAAGAAAGUAGAAGUGAAGAAGGAAACUGUGAGAGUAACCAAAGCGGAGCCGAUCAAGAGAAAGGUGAUCCACUCGUCGUCAUCCUCCUCCUCGUCCACAUCCUUCCUCAGUCUGUCUGAGCUCCAGGCGCUUCGAAUGCGGCUGGAGGCUGCAGAAGGCACACUGAGUCAGCAGAUUCAUAUCUGUCUGGGAGAUGAAGGACUGCAGGAUUGUAGCCUGAAAAUCCAACAAUUAGAGAUGGUGCAGCGUGACGUGGACUUGAUGAGGGAGGUGUAUCUGAACUUAAGGGAGCGCAUCAUGAAGGAGCUGGACGGCAUGAGCGAUUCAGACAAAGCUCAAUUCCUUCGCACUGAAAUUGGAGUCAUCAACCAACGACUAGCCGGUUUGGAAAGCAGUUCAUCUGCCUAUCUGCAGCGGCUAAGGGCUCUAAGAGACAUGCUGGAGAGUGUUGCUCGUACAGAGGACAUAGUGAAAGUUCAUGAGGCCAGAUUAACAGAAAAGGAGACAACUUCCCUAACACCUCGUGAGGUGGAAGCUUAUAUUUCAACACUUAAGAAUAUUAAAGUAGAACUUGAACAUAAAAGGGACAUAGUUUCCUCAAUGGAGGCAGAACUGGCUAAAGCAACACAUUGGAGCGGCCAGGUGAGCGGCCCAUACCACAGAUGUGACAUGAUGGUGUCCAAAUACACAGACCAAGUCACGCAGCUGUCUGAGCGAUGGAGGCGCAUCCAAGCACAGAUCGACACCAGACACCAGGAUCUAAAGCUCUACCUUCCUACACUUAAAAACUAUCAAGAAACAAGCACAUCACUGCUGGAUUGGAUUGACACAACACGAAAGAAACAAGAUACACUUCAAGCAACCAAACCCAGCAACGUCGAAUCACUGAGAGAGCUCAUCACCAACCAGAAGGCUCUUAACUCGGAAAUCAUUGCAAAGAGGGGAGAAGUAGACAGUGUUCUUAAGGACAAUGAAGCUUGUGUCACCUCAAUAAAAGAUUAUGAAACGGACCUCACAGCUUACAGUUCCGGUUUAGAAACAAUACUGAAUGUCCCUAUCAAAAGAACAAUGCUGCGGUCACCAACAACGGAUCUGAAUCUGGAGGCUACUCAAUUACAGACCCGCUACAUGGAGCUACUUACUGUCUCCAGUGACUAUUACAAGUUUUUAGGAGAACUGCUUAAAAAUAUGGAAGAGCUCAAGAUUCGGAAUACAAGGAUUGAGUUGAUGGAAGAAGAACUGCGCUUGCUGCGUGGAGAAAUAAAAGACCACGCUGCAAAAAACAAGUCACUGGAAGAUGCACUGAACCAGUAUCAGCGGGAGAUGUCUCAGUCUAAAAAUGAGCUACUGUCAAUGGAAGAGGUUAAGCGCAACACAGCCUUACAGUUUAGUGCCACUAAGGAAAACUUGGAUAGCACUCAGAGCCAACUUGUUGAUCUGAAUGAGCAACUGUCACGUGUGAAAUAUCUGCUAGAGGAAGAAAAGAGGAAGCGUAGAUUAGCGGAGGAGCGUUACACCCAGCAGGACGAAGAAUAUGACACGGCUCUGAAAAAAAGGCAAAAAGAGCUGGAGACAGUAAGUUGGUCCAAAAUGGAGGUGGAGAAAAGCGUUUCCAGCAAAGAUCGUGAGAUUGAAAGACUGAGACGACAACUCGAUGAGGAUUCUCUACGGAUCAAAGAGCUUCAAAGAGAUAUGUCAAAGAUGGCUGAAAAGGAGAGGGAUCGUAUACAGGCUCUAGAAGAAGAGCUCAGACUCAUCAAAUUGAAGCAUGAAGCAGAGAUUCAAGAUAAGCAAACUGUCAUUAAGUCAACCAGGGUCCCUGAGCAAAAGCAGGCCAGAGAACCAUCCACACCCAUGUUGGUUUUUGAAGGUGUCCGUAAACCAUGCUAUGAGCUAACAGAUGCCAUCAUGUCUGACGACCUUCAGAGGAACUUUCGAUCGGCCUAUUAUGAGAAAGUUGGCUUUAGGGGAGUGGAGGAGAAGAAGUCUUUAGAAAUCUUACUCAAAGACGACCCCCUUGAUUUGGAAAAGUUGAGCACAUUUAGCCAAAGAUUUCCAAUCCCGUCCAUGUACAGAAUCCAUGUUUGGAAAGUAUUACUAGGUAUCCUACCACCACAUAGUGAUUCUCAUGCAUUAGUUGCGGGUUAUAGGAAGGAACAAUACCAAGAUAUUCUGGAGGCUUUGGAGUUAGAGAGCCAAGUGCUACCUAGAUGCUCGGAGAUCUCCCCACCGGAUGAGGAGAAUGAAGAUUUCUUGUCCAUAAGCCGGGCCAUGGAUGAGAUUGUUGAUGAUCCUGUCGACUGCUACUGGCUCAUUAAAUGUUUUGUUAAUCAAUUCCACAUGAAGUUUGGAGACUCUCUACCCCACUUGCCAAAAAGCCUUGAACAUUAUUUGAGUCAAGAAGAGCCUCGGCUUCUCAACCAUUUCAAGCAAACUGGAGCAAUAGCACAGCUGCCUUAUAAUCUGUGGUUCCGGUGCUGUUUUGCUGGAUGCCUUCCUGAGUCUAGUCUCCAAAGGGUGUGGGACAAGGUGAUAAGUGGCUCCUGUAAAAUACUUGUAUUUGUAGCUUUAGAGAUACUUUUGAGCAACAAAAUUGUGUUAAUGAGUCUGAACCGACCGGAAGGAGUGGUCAAGUUCUUGAGCAAUAUUCCACAGGAGAACACUGAUGCGAUUGUGGCCAAAGCCAUUGACCUGUGGCACAAGUACUGUGGCACACCAAUGCACAACACUUAG